AUGUUACUCUUAAAACCAAUAUAUGAAGCAACUAAAUUGCUUUCUUCUUCAAGUUAUCCAACUCUUGGUGAUUUGCUAAUAGCAUUUUGUGUCAUAAUUGAAAUUCUAAUUAAACCACAAAAUGAAUCUGAUAUAAUUAAAAAAAAUAUCACAAUCAAAAUUA